ACUUGAAAACUCUAACAUGGAAGAUCAACAAGGAAGCAAAAAUUUGCCGAAGCUUCCUAUUCCAGGGAAAAGAAACAUACUCAUCACAAGCGCCUUGCCUUAUGUUAAUAACGUCCCUCAUCUUGGCAAUAUUAUUGGCUGUGUUUUAAGUGCUGAUGUGUUUGCUCGUUAUUGCCGUCUCCGAGGCUACAAUGCUAUAUACAUAUGCGGAACUGAUGAGUAUGGGACAGCUACUGAAAAUAAGGCUAUGGAGGAAAAUUGUACCCCUCAGGAGAUCUGUGACAAAUAUCAUGUAAUCCAUAAAGAGGUCUAUGACUGGUUUGACAUAAGUUUUGAUGAAUUUGGGCGCACAUCGACUCCUCAGCAAACUGAGAUUUGCCAAGCAAUUUUCAAGAGGCUGAUGGAAAACAACUGGCUUUCAGAGAACACAAUGCAGCAGCUUUACUGCGAUACAUGCGAGCGUUUCUUAGCAGACCGGUUUGUGGAAGGUACCUGCCCAACACUGGGUUGUGAUUAUGCUUCUGCACGUGGGGAUCAAUGUGAAAAGUGUGGAAAACUUUUAAAUCCCACAGAACUUAAAGAUCCUAGAUGCAAAUUAUGUCAGACAACUCCAAGGAUUCGUGACACUGACCACUUGUUUCUAGAGCUCCCAUUACUGAAGGAUAAAUUGCAAAACUAUAUUGAUGAGACUUCAGUUAUAGGAUCUUGGAGCCAAAAUGCUAUUCAAGCUACAUAUGCAUGGCUUAGAGAUGGACUUAAACCUCGCUGCAUUACUAGGGAUCUGAAGUGGGGGGUUCCUAUUCCACUUGAAAAAUUCAAGGAUAAGGUCUUCUAUGUUUGGUUUGAUGCACCUAUUGGAUAUGUAUCUAUUACUGCAUGCUAUUCACCUGACUGGGAAAAGUGGUGGAAGAACCCUGAACUUGUGGAGCUGUAUCAGUUUAUGGGCAAGGAUAAUGUGCCAUUCCAUACUGUCAUGUUUCCAUCUACGCUUAUCGGUACUGGGGAAAACUGGACUUUGAUGAAAAGCAUUAGUGUUACGGAAUAUUUAAAUUAUGAAUCAGGAAAGUUCUCCAAGAGCAAGGGUGUAGGAGUUUUUGGCAAUGAUGCAAAAGAUACAGAGCAGCCUUCUGAAGUCUGGCGAUAUUAUUUGCUGGCAAACAGGCCAGAGGUCUCAGACACAAUAUUUACAUGGGAGGACUUUCAAGCAAAGUUAAAUACUGAGUUGAUAAAUAAUUUAGGCAAUUUUAUACAUCGAGUAUUGAGCUUCAUUGCCAACACUUCAGGAAAAGGAUAUGAAGCUGUCAUUCCUGAUGCUCCAGGGGCAGAUUCACAUGCCUUGACAGUAGCAUUGGCAGAAAAAGUUGGUAACCAGGUGGACCAAUAUGUAAAAUCCAUGGAGCAGGUUAAGCUAAAACAAGGAUUGAAAUGUGCAAUGAACAUUUCUGGUGAAGGAAAUGCAUAUCUGCAAGAGAGCCAAUAUUUUAGGAUGUACGAGGAAGAUCAAGCUUCCUGCUCUAUUAUUGUGAAAACUUCAGUGGGGCUGGUUUAUCUUCUUGCAUGUUUGUUAGAACCUUUCAUGCCAUCAUUUUCUGUUAAGGUGUUCAAGCUGCUUAAGCUGCCUCCUGAAACAACAUUUUCACUUUGGGAAGAAAAAGAUCUUGAGAGGGUACAAAAACCUUGGGAACUUAUUCCUGCUGGUCAAAAAAUUGAGAAGCCAUAUCCAUUAUUUAAGAAAUUGACAGACGAUGAGGUGAAAGUUUUCAAGGCUAAGUAUGCUGGAAGUGGGGGAGCUGAUAGAGCAAAGAUAGAAGAGGCGGCAAAGAAGAUGACUGAGAAAUUGAAGAAAAUACAUAUUUCUGAAUAAAAGAACUGAUUCCUAUAAAUUGAUAUCUCAUCAUCUCAUACUGCUGCAACUACAUUUCUGCAACUAAGAAAAUUUGUAAAUAGCUAUUACUGCCCGUCAUAAGUAAUAGAAGAUGGAAGUGCUAAUGCUGCUUGUUGACACCUCUCUACGGGCCACAGCUAUUACCAGUACUAAAAGCAUGAAACUAUCAGCUUGGGGAAACAUUCAAGUUCAACAGCUCCAGUGUUGACACAUCUCUAUAGCUCAAUUCAGCAAACUCUGGUAUUUAAAUUAUGUUAGUAAGAAGCUGCCGUGUGUAAUCUGUAGAGUGUGCCAAGUAAUGCCAAAUAACACACUUUGUAGUUAUGUUUGUGCCAAGUGGCACACCAAUUUCUAAUGAUAAAGUGAUCCUCCAUAAUUUUAAUGUAUGUUUUCCAUUUUUUCA